UCCGGUUGUGAUCAAACGCGAGGUGGUGAUGCGCGCGGCGAGUGAAGCUCCACAUCAAAGAACAGCAGAAAACAACUGCAGCAGAGGACACCAUGACACCCUUGAACCACCUCCUGCUCAGCCUCCUCCUGGUCCUCCUGCUGAGUCUGGCAGAAACCACUGAGCCCGCCAUGGAGGACCUGAUCAACAGGAACAUGGACUUUGACGCUCAUCUGUACCGAGCUGUGGCCAGCCGAUCCGACGAUAACGUCGUCCUCUCUCCCUUCUGUCUCUCGGCUGGAAUGUUGGCACUUCUUAGUGCCGCCAACGGUCCGACCAGAGACCAGCUGCUCCAGGGACUCUUCCUGAAUGGACUGAAUCCACAGACACUACCAGAUCAGUUCCAGACUCUGAGGAACCUGGUUCUUCAAAGAGAUGCACCCCUGAACCUGCGGCAUGGCAUGGCAGUGUUCCCCUCUCAGAGUGUCCAGGUCUCUGACUCCUACCAGACUCUGGUCCAAACAAAGCUUGGCGGUCUGGUCCAGAGUGUGUCCUACACCGAGCCCCCUGAGGCCCUGGACGCCAUCAAUCGCUGGGUCCAGGAGCAGAUCGGAGAUGGCUUCCAGGAGCUGCUGUCUACCAUGGACUUCCAAACCCAGCUGCUAGUUGCCACUGCCACCAGAUACCAACCCCAGUUCGACCCGCCCUUUGACUCCUCAUCCACUCAGGAUGAGCGGUUCUAUGUGGACCGGUACCACGUGGUCAUGGUUCCCAUGAUGUUCCGGGCCGAUAAGUAUUUCCUGGCAUACGACGUCUUGGUAAAGGCUGGCGUGCUGAAGCUGCCGAUGGCGGACGGAGCAGCCAUGUUGGUGGUGCUACCCGAUGAAGGUGUAGACCUGACGACUGUGGAGGAGGAAAUUACAUCACAGAAGAUCAAGACCUGGAUCCUGAAGUUGAAGAAAACGAAGUUGGAGGUGCAGCUCCCUCGCUUCCUACUGGAGCACUCUUACUCUCUAAAAGACAUUCUUCAGACUCUGGACAUUACAAAGGUGUUUCAGGAUGAUGCAGACCUCAGCAACUUGGGCGGAGCCAAACUUACUCAGAUUCUUCAUACAUCUGUCAUGACGGUGAACGAAAGCGUCGCUGACACCAGCAGUCCAGGAGGCAGGCCAUUCUCCACGCCGCCACCACGACUCACCCUCAACAGGCCCUUCAUCUUCAUCAUCUACCAGGAGUCCACCAGCUGCCUGCUCUUCAUGGGCCGAGUCACCGACCCCACACAGAAAUAAACCGUUACCUGACCCACCCCACUGCACCUGCCAGGUUCUGGUGUUUCCUGUACUUAACAAAAAUGUCAUGAGGUGUUACAGGGUCACCUGAGAGAUCCAGAAGUAAACAAACAUUAAGCCCAAACUCUACUUCUUAUUUGGUGCUUGACAUUUGUUUACUAAUAAACAAGAUUCUGUGUUGAACCUGCAUCCUGUUACUGUCAGCGUCACACACAUUUAUUGACAUUAGCAUCAGCUUAGUGUCAGAAAUAUUGAUCAAAAUACUAAAAACUGUCAGAAAUAUCACUUCUCUGUUUUGCAUCAGACCAACAUUUAACACAGAUUUGAUCUUAGUAUCAUUAAGCACUUUCUACUUAUUAUUAAUAAUGUUACUCAUGUCCAUUAGCAUCAUGUAGGUACAGUCAGGUAGAUUAAUGCAUGUGUCUUGUCGACUGUAACAUCACUACACUGAACCAAUGUGUUCGCAUCUGUAUUAGUGUUAGCCUGUAUGUAUACUUUUGAUGUGGAGUGGAUUAAACAAAUUCAUUUGUUUGCACCAA